UAUUUUUGGCAAAAUUCUUAUACUUUUCGUAUUCGAUGUCGUAUGUGAAAGAGCCAACGAAAAAAAAUAUAUGCGCGACUGGCUCGUUAAUCUUGCAAGAAAAUUGAUGUUAUCCAUUUAUUUUGCAUGAUCGGCAUGCCUCAGUAUUUCUCAGCAUUUGACUAGAAAAGUUUACCUCGAAGCUAGUACGAUGUAUCUAUUGUCAGUCUACUGUACACCUUCGACUCGCAUCGAAAUCCAAAAAGUCAUGCAGUCCGAAGCUGAUCUCACUGAAGCAUUAAAUCUAGUAAUUUGGAAUAAACGAUUCAUGUCUUUUUUGGGCUUAUGGCCGCUCAAGCCGAAUCACCUUCUAUUCAUAUUUUUUACUAUAUACAUGAUAAUUUAUUGUAUCAUGGGAGCAGGCCAUUUGAUCAAGAAUUUUAAUCAGCCAGAAGUCAUCUUGGCAAAUUUAACAGAUAAUGUACUGUUUGGAAUGAUAUUGGGAAAAAUGUUUAUAUGCAAACACAACUGCAAGAUAAUGAUCGAGUUUCUGAAAAGCAUCGAAAUCGAUUUCACGACAAAGAUGUACGACAAUGUCCAGGAGAAAAUGGCGUAUCUAUAUUAUAACAAAAUCGCACUGCUUUUCGUGAAGAUAUCGACAAGUAUGGCAGGGAUAGCAGCCACGAUGUAUUACUUGAGGACAUUUUUCGAAAAUUGGAGCGCGAGUAAGUACGACCAUUAUAUAUUUUCACGCGUAAGACUUAAAGCUAUAUUUCAUGAUAAUGGUUUAAAAAACAUUAUCUAUCGUUCAUUAUCUAUUGUAUCCUUGAAUCAUUAUUUGCUAUUCCAAAGUGGAAUACGAUGGAAAAUUAAAUGUAACGUGAUGUAUAUAGUUGUAUCCGGUAAUUUUUCGUAUAAAUUACCGUAUCCGGUUCAUCCCUUCUUUGAGAUCAAGGACGCUCCUACGUACAUAUGCAUGUGCGUGUAUCUGGCGCUAGCUAUAGCGAUUAUAGUAUGCGGUUAUGCUGGACCAGAUGCUUUUGUACUCAGCAUGGCUCUUCAUGUUUGCGGUCAAUUUGCUGUUUUAUCAUGCAAAGUCAACCAUUUGUUAAGAGAUAAUGAGAAUUAUCAUCGCCAUAUCAGUAACAUUGUGUUGAGACAUUACCACUUAAUAAGAUUAGCAGAGACCUUAGAGAGCAAUUUCAACAUAAUAUACCUACAGCAAACUCUGGGUACUUUAUUGUUGCUCUGUUUCACAGUAUAUCAUAUGAUUUCGACAUCGACAUAUGGCGAUGAAACUACUGUCCUAGCUUUUGCAUUAUAUGUAUCUUGCGUAAUUAGUACAAUUCUUGCUUAUUGCUAUAUAGGAGAGUGCCUCAUCGUUGAGAGCACAGCAUUACGUGAAGCAUUUUACAAUUCCGAUUGGUACAAUAAUCCUCCAUCAACAUCAAAGUUAAUCAACAUUUGCAUGGUUCGAUCUGAGAAACCAUUAAUGUUGACUGCCGGUAAAUUCUGCGUAUUAUCAUUGAAUACGUUUACGAGUGAUCAAAAAGAUUUAGAUCGUGCGGCCAAGGUGUUAUCUUGGAACAAAUGGCUAAUGUCAAUGUUGGGUCUUUGGCCUUUUCAAUCCAACGAUCUUAUUUUCUCGAUUAGUUUUGUCUACUUCAGUUUCCUCUUGGUUCUGGAGUAUCUGAGCUUCUUCCUUUACAUCGGUGAUCUCGAACUUGUGAUCAUGAAUUUGACAGAAAACGUGGCAUUUUUACAGAUAUUUGUGCGAAUGAGUACGCUAAGGUUAUAUAAUGAUGAAAUCGGUGAGGUCAUAACGGAGGCCAUGAAGGAUUUUGAUGAGACAAAUUAUAAAACUGCCGAGGAGAUUAAGACAUUCGUCACUUACUACGCUAAAUCGAGGAUCUUUUUUAAGCUGAUGAUGGUAUUUGUCACAAUAACGGCUUCGUCAUACUAUUUGACUCCGAUUCUUAUUAUUCUCGGAAAUGGAGGACUACCCGAAAUAGUGACCAACGAAAAUGUGACUCAAAUAAUUUACCUAUUACCUUAUCGCUUUCAUGUGUUCUACGCGAUUGAAAAUAUACGUACGUACACGAUUACAUACGUCUGGCAAAUGCCGUUUGCCUUCGUCAGUGCUUGUGGACAAAGCACCGCUGACUGUAUUAUGGUUACCCUCGUCUAUCACAUUUGCGGUCAGAUGUCAGUUCUUGCUUUGCGUAUUAACAAUAUAGAUACCGAAGUCUGUGAUUGUGGGCCUGAGAUGCGACAUAUGAUGCUCAUGCAUGUACGAUUAUUACGAAUGGGAAAGAUAAUAGGAAAAGCAUUUAGUGCUACAUUGCUGGUGCAUCUUUUAGGAGCUACUUCUCUCGUAAGCAUCCUCGGUUAUCAAAUGUUAUCAAGUCUUUCUAAGGGUGAAACAGGAGUUGUUCCACUUUUAUUGAAAUUCUUUUUAUUCAUAUUCUUAGUCCUGCUUAUACUUUAUGCUCAUUGUCUUGUCGGCGAGAACCUUUUGACAGAGAGUGCUAAAGUGGGUGAAGCGUUUUACAAUUGCCGUUGGUAUGAUAUGUCAAAGAAUAAUGCACGAAUGUUAGUACUAUGCAUGGUAAGAUCGCAGAAACCGCUCUGCCUGAUAGCUGGAAAAUUUACCAUGUUUUGCCUCAGCACUUUAACUGACGUUUUGAAAACAUCCAUGGGAUAUUUAUCAGUAUUACGUUCUCUCUUAUAACAUCAUUGAAGCAAUAAUUUU